AAUCGAGUUUGGCCGGAUUUUAUUUGAGUUGUCUCAGGAGCAUUUUAUUUGUACGGUUCGAUGUAUUGAGCAGUUGGAUAUAUUUGUUACUUUUACAGGAGUAAACGUCGUAUCAGCUUAAUAUAAUGGGAAGAUAAAUUGAGCAUUUUUUAAUUCUCCAAACUGUUUCUAAAUGUCCUUAUUUUUGCAUCUAAUCUUGUUAUACUUUCCAGAAAUGCUUAACAACAGCUAAAUAUAACAUAAUUUGUAGGAAGCGACUGCAACACUAAAUUCCAACGGCGGUGACCAACAGGUAACUCGGCUUUCAAAGUUACCUGAGCCGCCAUGGCCACGGAGGAGAAAGCUGCUGCAGGUGGGAGAAUGAACGUACUCCGACACCGGGUCAAUCCUGCAGCUCUGGCUUAUGCCAUGACCACACUGGGAUCCUGCAUGAUAAACAAUAUAUUUAGCUUUUACUACGUCAAACUGUUUGUUAAUAAGUACAAGGUGUCAGAGGGAGCCUUCCACAGAUCACAGGUGGUUUACAUGGUGUGGAAUGCAGUCAAUGAUCCACUCUUUGGAUACCUUCAGGAUAACUCCCGUGUGCCCUGCUGUUCUCGGCGCCGUCUCUCCAUCUUGUAUGGAGCACCUCUCUACUCGCUCACCUUCCUCCUGGCCUGGUUCCCGUGGCGGACUUACACCCCUGGGGACUGGUUGAGUGGCUUACAUUUGGCAGUGGCGCUGUGCGCUUUUGAUAGUUUGUUGACUUUUGUGCUUCUGGCACAAUGUGCAUUGUUUGCAGAGAUUUCUGGCCAGCAUCAGAACAGACUCAGACUUGUGAAGUACAGUCAGGUGGCCUCUCUGGUUGGCUCCUCCAGCAUUCUCUUCUGUGGUGUGGUGUCCAGAAACAUGGAGGACUUUUCGGCUUUCCAAGCCUACACAGUGCUGAUUGCUGUUGUGAGCUGUUGCUGCAUGCUCUAUACGGGCUUCCACAGUGAGAGCCGCUUUGACAACAAAGGAUGUGAAUCAUAUGGACAGCAGUCUGUGCAGCAGACUUCCCACCAAUCAGGACCUUCCUUCUCUAAUCUAAAAACUCAGAUCUGGCAAAUCCUGACCAAUCGGGACUUUCAGAUUUUUGUUGUCAUGAACUUCUUUCAGGUCUUCCUUUUGGCUUUCUUCAAUAAUUUCACCAUUAUUUUUUCGGAGCAUCUGAUUCCUCCAGAUGUGCUUCCAUCUCUGGCCAAGAGUGUCAUGUAUGGAGCAGGAUUCAUCUGUCCACAGCUGUUAGUUCUGAGCUGCCAGAGUCUGCUCCACAGUCUUGGCUACUACAGAAUCAUCCUUUUCACCUUCUACAUUGAAGCCACAAUGGCAGCUAUCAUGCUUGCGCUCGGACCUCACCACUACUAUAUCCUGGCGUUUUUCCUCACGGUUAACAUGGUCCUGAUUCAGGCUGCCUUCAGUCUUUUUGGCUUACCUUUAGCUGACAUCAUUGACACAGAUUUGCAGAAGUACAAGCGCAGUUCCCCGCUCUCCUCCAUGGUGUUUGGGACAAAUGCUCUGUUUACUAAGCCUGCUCAGUCUCUGGCUCCGAUGUUGGUGCUUACCAUCCUCAACCAGUUUGGAUAUGAGCAGCUGAAGGACGCAGCAAAAGAUCAACUCUCAAGCGACCUGGAGAGCCUCCACAGUGUCAUGUUUUACUUGGUGUGUCUGGUGCCGAUGUGUGUCACCGCUCUGCAGGCCGUGGCUUGGAGGCCGUUUUCAAUACGCAACAGUCACACAGUGGAAACGAAGUACAUUGAUGGCUAGUUUUAGUAUUUAACAAUUGAAGGAAAAAGGGCAUUUCUUUAGCAUGGACUUGGGAGUGAGUAGGUUAAAAUUAUUGUAUAAAUCAACCGUAUAUUUGAGAAAAACAAUCUAAUUUCAUAUUGAUGCAGUUUUUGAUUCCAUUGCAAAUGAACAUUUGUAAAUAAAAAUGCCUUUCUGUUUGAUAUCCAGACCAAACAAAGCAGGGACCCAGAUAAUUAGAUCUGUCUUGACAUCUUUCCCCCCCCCAGAAUCCAAUUAUCACUGUUUUUCUGUCAUGUUAACUUUCCACACACUCAGCUCUCUAUAACUUCAACAUCUUUUUUUGUAGCUACCGCUUUUAUAAAGGCUGCUUUCUGCCAUAAAUAAGACUAGAUCUUCAGGACCCUCAAACACAAUGUAAAAGUUUACAAUGGAGGAAAAUUUUAGGGAUGCAAAGUAAGUUCACAACUAUAGAACAUAAUUUAACAAGACAUCUAUAAAUGAUAUACCAGCUGUAAAUAUUGGCCUUUAUCUGCUGUUUGUUCCUUCUUAUUCCUUGAAGUGUUUUAAGGACAGAAGUUUUAGCACUGAACUACAUUGCUCUAAAUCGGUAUUGAUAUUUGAAUUGGCUGAAGUGAAUUUGUAAAUACUGUCAAAUCAGAUGUCAACAAAAUCUAAUAUUUAUAAAUAAAAUCCUUGACAGUAGAAAUAAGUAGAAAAGUAUCAAUGAUGAUACUUUAUUUGAAUCAAGAGGAUAAAAACUCAGCUGAUGAACCAAGCUGGUUAGAGUUGAUUUGGUCCAAUGUGGGGCUGCAACUAACGGUUGAUUUAAUAGUUGAUUAUUGGCCCAUUAAUUUGUUGGUGAACUUUACGAAAAGCUUGGUGACAUUUCCAUCCCUUUAUUAAAGGUCACAUAUUAUGAAAAAUACACUUUGUCAGGCUUUUCUAACAAAAUUUGUGCCCCUGGUAUGUCCACGAUCCCCCCGAGGAUCUCUCAGAAAAUGUGUUCUGAAACAAGCCAUUCUCAGAUUUUCCCCUCAUGAUGUCAUGUGGGUAGUUAGCACUGCCCCCAGGUUCAUUUGACCCUCCUCGCUUAGAAGAAAGUUCUACCCUCCUCUUCUGAUCUUCCUCUCAGCUAGCUGAGAGGAGGACUGCACCGUUGACAAGCCUCUCCCGGCAGCACGUUGUUCAAGCAUCCAUCUAUGGACUCAUUCCUCCAGCUCUGGCCAUCUUGCUUUCAGCCCGCGAUUAGCUUUCUUUGUUUUCUUCAUUGCAGUAAAAGUAACCUCUGCUUUUCCCUCGCAAGUUUCUCACUCACUCCAAACUUUCUUUCUGUUUUCUUUAAGUUAAUGUUUAAGUUAAUUUUUUCAGUAGUACAGGAGCAGCAUAUAGUUGUCACAAGCCUAGAGUGCCCUCUAGCGGCUAUAGACGGUAAUGUUUACUCCUUGGUUCAUGUCAGUCAGUAUGAAUUAACAUUUAAAAACAUGUUAAAUUAUAUAUAUUUUGAUAUAUAAGUUGCACCUGACUA